AUGGAAAGGGCACCUUUAAAGGGAUCAGAGGAAAAGGAGAAGGGUGGAAAGACUACUGGUCAAGCUCCUGAUAGUGGAUCAGGAAAGAGGAAACACUUUGGGGGAUCCAAUUCUCGCAAGUCUGGUAGAGUACAUGGAGGGGUCUAUUACAAGGCUAUUGGAGCCUGCUAUAAUUAUGGUGAAACUGGCCAUUUUGCCAGAGAUUGUGUGAGUGCUUGCAGACCUACGCCAUCUACUACAGCUGAAGGCUCAGUUCAGAGUUCUGCCUCCAGAGGUUCACAGACAGUUAGCGGAGGCCGAGGCCGAGGCAGAGGCAGGGGUAGUACCUUUGGUAGUCAGGCCAUAGUCAACCAGCCUGAAUAG